AUGCUCUCUCCCGAGGAACGCAGCCAAGCCUUGUCCAAACUUCCCGCUUGGAGUGAUGAUGCGAGUGGGGAUCGAAAUGCCAUUCAAAGGACGUUUGAAUUCCAGGAUUUUCAACAAGCAUGGACGUUCAUGACGGAUAUUGCCAAGGUGGCAGACGAAAUGGAUCAUCAUCCAGAAUGGUUCAAUGUCUACAACCGAGUCGAAGUCACAUUGACAACUCACGAUUGCAGUGGUGUCUCACAAAAGGACAUUUCUUUAGCAGAAACCAUGGAGUCCUGUGCCAAGAAAAUUCAAUCUCCAAACAAUAAUGACAAUUCGCCAACACCGGCCACUCUUACCUUCAAACCAACGUGUGAUUUGUUUGAUGACUACGAAGAUUCCGCUCGUGUCCCCACCGUAUCCUUUCUCAACUUGGGCGGCAAGAAACAAUUCUGUGGUACUGCCGUCACGGUCAAGUGCUUUGAAGACAAUUCACGAGUCAAGGAAUUCCUGGAGACAACCAAUGGCAAAGGCAAGGUACUGGUGGUGGACGGUGGUGGCUCGCAACGGCGCGCCCUCUUGGGAGAUAUGAUUGCCAAAAAAGCCGUCGACAAUCAAUGGGAGGGAUUGAUCGUAUACGCCAAUGUACGAGAUGUCGAGGAAUUGCGACAACUCAACCUUGGAGUCAUGGCGCUGGGAACGACACCCCGCAAAUCCGUGAGACGAGGCGAAGGUCAAGUCGACUUGCCCGUUCAAAUUGGGGAUGUUUGGUGUCGACCUGGAGAUCGCGUGUAUGCCGACGAAAAUGGAGUCCUGAUUGUGGACUAG